UAAGUUUGUGAGACUGAAUGAUCGAUGCGUUUUUAUACAAUGAGGCGGUAAAGGUUAACUCGGUGAAGAGAUGAAACUGCUUCGUAGCGUAUUUUGAGUUUCAUCUGGCAGCUUAAUGUGCGUCACUUUCUUUGUGUACUGAUUGUGGUGGAAACUGCAGUGGCCUAUUGCAAACAUGGACAGUUCUCACGAAGAAAAUUUUCUGUUUUAUUACCAGAAACUUUUAUUUAAUGAACAGGAUGCUGAUUCGUACCAGCUAGCCAGUAUUCGGCGAAAGUGUAUGGCACAAAUGUUCAAGGCUUCAAUUCCUUUGUCAAAUAAUAUGACAACAUGUCUUUUGUAUGAAAGAAAUCUAAAAUCAUAUUUAGAUGUUGUUGAUGACCAGAAUGAUAUAAAUAACUAUGCAGAGGCAAUACAAUCUCUUCUUUCAUUUAGUCAACCUGGAACGUCAAGCCACCAGGAGUCUCUGAAAGGAAAUGAAGAAGUUGAGGAUGAACGUUUGAAAGGCAUUGAUCCCAAAAUGGCGGAGUUGAUUAGAAAUGAAAUAAUGGAUUCUGGCGCUCCUGUGCAUUGGGAUGAUAUUGCUGGCUUACAAUUUGCAAAAGCCACCAUUCAGGAAAUAGUAGUAUGGCCAAUGUUAAGACCUGAAAUUUUUACGGGCUUGAGGCGACCUCCUAAAGGAAUACUGCUCUUUGGACCUCCUGGAACUGGGAAAACUCUUAUUGGAAAAUGUAUUGCUUCACAGUCUCUUUCAACGUUUUUCAGUAUUAGUGCAUCAUCAUUAACCUCUAAAUGGAUUGGCGAUGGAGAAAAAAUGGUACGAGCCUUAUUUGCUGUUGCAAGAUGUCAUCAACCAGCUGUCAUAUUUAUUGAUGAAAUUGAUUCAUUGUUGACGCAGAGAAGUGAUACAGAGCAUGAAAGUUCCCGUCGUAUUAAAACCGAAUUUCUUGUUCAAUUGGCACGAUGUCAAAUAAUUCAACGGUUGAUGUUUAAGGAGAAUAGUUGUCUAAGCCAGGAUCAGAUCAAUGAAAUAGGAAAAUUGACAGAUGGAUAUUCAGGUGCUGAUGUGAAAAAUUUGUGCCAGGAAGCGUCUCUCGGUCCUAUUCGUUCCAUAAAUUUCAUGGAUAUUCAGAACAUAUCUCCUGAGGAGGUACGACCAAUAAGUUUUGAAGAUUUUCAACAUGCCCUUAAACGAGUUAGAGCAAGUGUUUCAUCAUGUGAUCUUGAUGUAUACCUUAAAUGGGAUAAGACUUAUGGUUCUGGAUAAGAAAUUGUGUUUUCUAUAUCACUCUUUCCUGCCUACUGUUGCCCUUCAAUCUGAGGUAUUUUUGUAUUCAGAUGAUUUAAUUUUAUUACAAUUCAUUGUAUGUUAAUGUCAUAUUGGUAUGUUAUGUAGAUUAUGAUUAUUGUAAAAAUGUAAUGGACUAAUAUUUAAUAAAUCUCAAUUUAACUGUAUA